AUGGUUAAGGACGAAGUGGAUACGGCUGAAAAUACGUAUUGGUCAGUUUGUGAUCUUGGCAUUGGCAGAGGGUUAGUACUCGCUCGACAAGGACAUAUAGCUACAACGACUUCUGACAACAGAGUUAAGGUUUGUUUCCGUAACUACAAGAUGGGAGAGAAAGAAAAACCAGUGGGUCUUGUUUGGUACAUUAGUGCAAUUAGUCCUGAUGUGAUAAUUGUCAGUGAUGAAGAUCUCUGUGGUCUUGUUCUCUGUAAACUUGAUGGAGAAGUCCUCACCUUCUUCACAGAGCAUGGCUUUAGUCCUAGUGGUGUUUGUCCUGAUCCCUACCGUGGUUGCAUCUAUGCAGCAAAUGGCGAAAGCAAUUGUGUUCUACGUUUGACUCCUGACCUUCAGUUAGAUGGUGAAGUUAUUGGCCCUGACCAAGGCUUGCAUAAUCCCUUUGUGGUCAGUCUUUCAUAUGAUGGACGCUUUUUGGUGGUAGCAGAAGACACAUGGGAUAUUGGGGAAGAUCUGCCAACACCAGUAAAAGUUUUCUCCUUGGCAGACAAAAUGAUGCCUUUGCUGUAUAUCUGUCGCCGGAAUAUUCGAAAAAUUUUGGGCCGAAAGCUACUCUCUGCUGUUUCCUACCUUGGAGUGCCUAAAAGUCUUCAGAAUUAUUUGCUUUUUGCAGUCUGA